AGUAACGAUAUGCGAAGUGAAUUAAAGAAAAUCAAAACAAUAUGUGACGACCACGAAACACUUUGUCAAAGUUUUGCACAAUGGAAAAAAGAUGUUGAUGAAAAUGAUGCUCAACUUCGAAUUCUGAAUGCUACAGCUGCAUCGUUGCGGAAAAGACAUCGAGCAAUAUGUGAACAAAUAAAGAAAAAACCAAGUACGGUACAUUCAGAAAAAAAAAAAGUUUCAGUAGUUUCUGAAGAAGUAGACAGAUUACAACGUGAAAUCAGUUUUGUUGAAGCUGAAGUGGAUGUUUGGAUGAAAGAAUUGGCUGAGGUCAACGAUGCACGAACUAACCUCGAUAUUCAGUUUAUCCAGUUACGAUCAAAACUACAACGAAGUAUGACAAAUGUUGAGGUAGCAAACAUUGAUUUCGACUUGCUGGAAAAGAACCACUGUGCUACAUGGAAAAAUUUCUUGUGUAAAACAGAAAAUUUUACUUAA